AUGUCUGAUGGGAAACUCUCUCCGGAGAUUUUGCUCAGUGCUGUUCAGUCCCUCGGGAAACACUGCAAGAGCCUCCACAGGACAGAAACUACUGGCACCUCCGCCCUCCAAAGAGGGGCAGAGCCCCUGCAGGGUCACACCUGGUUACCAGCUCGAUCUCAAGAUACUCCUGGGACCUUUCCUGUUGACAAACUGACUCUGAAGAAUUCAGCUUUGAUCCAAUUCCGUAGAUUUCAUCAUUUAGCUCUGCGGUCAUUCUCGCCUCCCUCAUUUCCCGGUUCUUGGAGUACCUCACUGUAG